AUGCUUGUUCCGAAUAAUUUCAACGCAGUUCAACUUAUAUAUCAAUCAUCUUCUAACCCAAUUGUGCUUCCUCUUUUAUCAGUUUCGCCGAGUCAAUUGUCCAUUUGCCUUAACUCUGCAAAAGCUAUUGGCUGUACAAUAGUCAAUAUUGGUACUCAAGAAUUGAUUGAAGGAAGAAUCUGUGGUGUCACAGCUUCUAAAAACAAGAAGACACUGGGGUUGCAACCAGAGAAAAUUAGAUGGAUAAAGUUAAAAAGUGAAGAUUCAUAUUCAAAUACUGAUUACAUAGAUAUAUACAAAUGGCGGAUAACGAAGAGGAUGAUUUGA